AUGGAAUUAUUUUAUCAUCAGGAUGCCGUAUUAGACUGGGCGCGAGAUCAUCGCGUGCACCACAAGUACUCAGAGACAGAUGCAGACCCCCACAAUGCCACACGAGGUUUCUUCUUUUCACAUGUCGGGUGGCUCUUAGUAAGAAAGCAUCCAGAGAUUAAAGCAAAAGGACAUACAAUUGAUAAGACGGACCUAUGGGCCGACCCAAUACUGCAUUUCCAGAAAAAGUUAGUAUCUAAUUCUAUCGAGACCUCUAAAUCCGAUCGCACCCCACUAAGUGUUAACUUAAUAAACCUCUUCGGUGAAAUAAGUUACUGUGCGGUUUCUGGAAGAAAGGACACCAUGCCUCCCCAAGACCAACAAACAGGAUCGUGGGUGCUACAUGAAGCGGAUUUCAACAAAGACGCCACAGUCAUCGUCCCGCCCUCCGCUGAAAAACGUAAAUGGGAAAUAGUAUGGAGAAAUGUAAUAAUCUUCGUGACCCUUCACAUCGGAGGAGUGUAUGGAGCCUACCUGUUCCUAACAACGGCCAUGUGGACUACUCGUUUCUUUGCUGUAGUUCUCUACAUAUGCUCCGGACUCGGUAUCACAGCUGGCGCACACAGGCUAUGGGCCCACAAAUCUUAUAAAGCAAGACUACCUCUCAAAAUACUGUUGACAGUUUUCAACACUAUAGCUUUUCAGGAUGCCGUAUUAGACUGGGCGCGAGAUCAUCGAAUGCACCACAAGUACUCAGAGACAGAUGCAGACCCCCACAAUGCCACACGAGGUUUCUUCUUUUCACAUGUCGGGUGGCUCUUAGUAAGGAAGCACCCAGAGAUUAAAGCAAAAGGACAUACAAUUGAUAUGACGGACCUAUGGGCCGACCCAAUACUGCGUUUCCAGAAAAAGUACUAUUUGAUCCUGAUGCCCUUAGCUUGCUUCAUUUUACCAUCAUAUAUUCCCACACUAUGGGGGGAGUCAUUAUGGAAUGCUUAUUUCGUCUGUGCCAUUUUCCGAUACGUCUAUGUGCUAAACGUCACAUGGCUCGUCAACUCUGCGGCACACAAAUGGGGCAGUAAGCCUUAUGACAAGAACAUUAACCCCGUUGAAACCAGGCCAGUCUCACUGGUGGUUCUAGGUGAAGGUUUUCACAACUACCAUCACACUUUCCCUUGGGAUUACAAAACAGCAGAACUAGGAGAAUAUUCACUGAACAUUUCAAAGCUCUUCAUUGACGGCAUGGCCAAAAUUGGCUGGGCUUACGACCUCAAAACCGUAUCUCGAGAUGUCAUCGAAAAGAGAGUGAAGAGGACGGGUGAUGGCUCUCACGAGGAAUGGGGUUACGAAAAUUUAAAUGUGCCCACACAAGAUAAAAUUAACACAGAA